UACGAUACAUGGUUUAUGCGAAACCAGGUUAACAUUAAGCUUUAAUUUCGGUUCGAAUGAUUGCUCAAGUAAAUUGUUUUAGUUAAUUCCUGGUCAACUUUUCAUGAAAAAUUGAUCAACAAGUGAAUCUACAACGAAACAUCGAUGUUCAAAAGACACUGGAAAAGACUGAUUGAUAGAAAUGAACUUUUCUCUUCAAAUUUCUUUUUAUUUCUUUUCUAAUUAGGUUCAGAUGCUUGCUGAUGAAGAUUUCGAGUCUGGUUUGGACAGUUUAAGGCACGGUUGGCUUCCAGAAAUAAGUAGCUCAGUUAAUGACAUAAUUGAGGAAGGAGACGCAUUCCGUCGGAGUUUUCAAUAUUUACAGUAUUUUGCUAUUGGAUUGGAACAGUUGCUUUUGGAUCAGAUUCUUCAUGAAGGCCGAAUGAUAAAGGAAUUUCGAGAAAUCGAAGAUAAACUAAGUCAAUUGUUGUGUGAAAUUCAACUCGGAAUGUGGUAUCGAAACAUUAAACCCGAUAAACACAUUGAAUUUGAAGUAAUGACUCAAGAGUAUCGUGAUAUUGCUGAUGCUUCAAGACGAAUGAUCAGAGAUUACCUUUUACUGAGAGAUCUUGUUAAACUGACUGAUUAUAUAACACAGAUUUUUGCAAAUCUUGCCUCACAUUAUUGACUUUUGUCAACAACCUUGUACCUAACUCUUAG